AUGAUGCCCCCAAUUGCGGACAGUAGCGACCCAGAUCCUACAACCCAGAUACCAUGGCCUGCAGCACGCUCCAAGCACAGCAGCAGCUCCAAGGACACUGCUGAGGCGCAAGACGGUCGUCGGCCACGCGGUAUCCAGAUUGCAGAGACAGCAAAGAGGCCUGCUUCACAGUCUCCAGUUGGCAAGAAGCUCCUCACGACAUGGAAUCUCAUAACUUUGAGCGUGUCGAUGGCAGGCGCACAGAUUGCGUGGACUGUCGAACUUGGCUAUGGAAAUCCAUUCCUGCUGAAGCUUGGACUGUCAGAACAACUCACCUCUCUGGUGUGGCUAGCUGGGCCAAUAAGUGGUCUAAUAGCUCAGCCUCUUAUAGGGGCAAUAUCUGAUUCCUCGCCAUCCAAAUAUCGAAGAAGAUAUUGGAUCAUGCUGUCUACGUUUGUUCUAGUGAUCUCGACGUUCACGCUCGCUUAUUGCGAGAGCUUUGCCGCAUUCUUUGUCGACUUGUUCGGCGUAGGAGACGGGAGCUGGGACGAACGCAGGAAUAACCGGGUCAACGGGACUGCUAUUGGCAUUGCGGUCGUCUCCUUCUACUUGCUUGACUUCGCCCUCAAUGCUCUGCAAGCCUCGCUGCGCAACCUCCUCCUUGACGUAACACCGCCGGCCCAGCUGAACUCUGCUAACGCUUGGCAUGGAAGGAUGACCCAUGCCGGAAACAUUGUCGGAUACGGAUUUGGUUUCCUUCCCUUGGCAGAGUUUCCUAUAAUUCGACUCAUCGGCGGUGACCAGUUUCGCAAGUUCUGCCUAGUCAGUUUGACUUUGCUUAUUGCCACUGUCGUUGUCACCUGUGUGUGCCAUGAAGAAGAGGAACGGCCACGGUCUCAUAAGGCCACGGAGAGUAAACUCUCUGAGCUUCUAUCUAAUAUCUAUAACGCCGCAAGGAAGCUUCCCAGGCCUAUACAACGCGUAUGCGUAGUUCAGAUCUUUGCCUUUAUGGGAUGGUUCCCUUUCCUGUUUUACGCCACCACAUAUAUUGGUCAAGUCAUGGCUUAUGAGAAUCAGAAGGAGCCUGAACACGAUAAAGCCACGCGCAAGGGGGAGCUCGCAUUGCUCUUAUUCAGCAUAGUAUCUGUGGUGUCUGGCACACUAUUGCCGCACUUGGCCAGUCGCGAUCGCCGGCUCAUGACCCAUAAAGGCGACGAGGAUGAGGACGCAGAGAUCACCCGGAUCAGGCAUACCGUUAGAGAAUGGCGUGCAGAUGCAGCUCGUAAGGGAGAGCCGUUGCGUCUCCCUGUAAUGCCGUUCCUCCUCCGCAAUAUCUGGACAGGAGCUCUAUUGCUCUUUACAUUGCUCACGUUCUCUACUGUUUUCGUCAACACAGUGCUUGAGGCGACCAUUAUGAUCAGUCUCAUCGGGAUUUGCUGGUCGGUGGCAUGCUGGGUGCCCUUUGCAAUUAUCAUGGAGCUGUUGAAAGACCUACCCUCAUCAUCAACGGCUCAGCGCCCUGAGCAUGCCCGUACCUUAUCAACACCUGGAUUCCCUCGUAGGCCUAGUGCCACUGAGCGGACACCACUUGUUCGAAGUCGCUCGUUCGAUGAGUAUGAUGUGAACCCCGAUGAGGAGGCUACUCCUGUGGCUGGCGGUACGAUACUAGGCAUUCACAAUCUGGCCAUUGUCAUGCCACAGUUCAUCAUCGCGUUAGUAUCCAGCAUCAUCUUCCACCUUGUAGACGGCGGCGUGGAGGACGACCCAAGCAAUCAUAGCACAUAUCUGGGCCGCAACGGUGUUGCGUGGGUUCUACGAUUUGGAGGCCUUUGUACACUCUUUGGUGCUAUGCUCGCACGAAGAGUGCCUCCCACUCCUACCGAGAAGGCGAUGCGGAGGAGAUUGGGCGAGAUGAUGCUUCUCGGGCAAGCACCGAGUCCUUAG